CAACGGCGGAUCCCGGCUCCGAGGCGCUGAGGCGGUCCGCCCGGCCCUUUCUCGCUUCCCUUGACUCGCCCCAGCGUCCUGCCGCGAAUGUCUGAGACAGAAGGGAGGAUGGCUCCAAGGAGCUGGAUGGACGACCUUGCCGACGAGAUCGACGAGUGGUUAAUAUGGCUGGAUAAAAAGUACGGUAUUUGGGAGGCCAGGAGGGCCGCCAGAGAAAAUCCGCCGAUACCGCAGCAGUACCAGGACUGGCUGACCCUGCUGGGCUGGAACUUGCUCGUGCUGAUGGUGGUCUUUCUGCUGGGCUACGGCUGGGUCGCGAUGUGCUCCUGGGCCUCGUCGUUCGCCAGGGAACCGCGGGAGCGCAAGAAGCGGAGGGGCCGGCGGGAGGAGGCCGCAGCAGCCGCCCCCGGCACCCGCAAGAAGCGGAAGAUCUACUGUCGGGAGUUGACGCCUGCGCCGCCGCAGACGACCGCCUACAACCUGGCUGUGCUGAAGAGCCUCCGGAUGGAAGAGGAGAAGAGGACCGGGAAGAAACUGCCCAACUUCAGAAACUUGUAUAGAGAGAGACAUCCCUGUGGGAGACCACUGCCAACCAGUUACUUUUCGUACGUGGCCCGACGAGGGAUCAAACCUGAAACCCACGUAAGUGCCCCGACUGGAAAUCGAACCAGCGACCCUUUGAGGCACAGGAUGGCACUCAACCAUCGGGAUAACUACGAGGAGCUAGAAACCUUUUAUAUUUGGAUUAGGCCAAAUGGGCGGGUUGCUGAAGUGGCUGACAUGCAAGUUGCCCGAUUUCCUGUAAAUGAAACAGCAACACAACCAUCAGAGAUGGAUAAGAAAAAUGAAGAGUCGAAAUCAACGUCAGAUGCUAAAGCAGUGCAAAGCAGUUUAUGCCAUGAUGGGAAGGAAGUUGAUGAAGGAGCCGUAAAGCAACGUAAACCUGAUAAGGUGUAGACUGGUUCUGGUUCAUUGGAUUCAACUAUCCCUGGGAUAGGAAAUACCAUCAUAGUUACCACCAAGCAAUUUACAACUGCAUCAUUUCAUAUUGUCUCCAAGAAGAAUAAAGGUGAAUCUCAUCUAAAUGUUUGAGUUGGCAACUUUAAGUCUGGAAAAGGAGAUCCUAAACUUCAGGUUUCUUCAGGAUUAAAUGAAAACCUCAGUAUAAAUGGAGGAGACUGCAAUGAAAAGUCUAUAAAAAACACCUCUUAUAAGUGCAGGUGAAGAGAAGUGGAACUGUGUUUCAUCUACUUCUGCAGGCAAGAGGAAAACUGAGCCAUCUGCUUGGGGACAAGACACUGGAGAUGCUAAUGGGAAUGGAAAAGACUAUGGAAGGAGUUGGAGUGACCAAUAUUUUCUGGCAUUGCUGCUUGGUCUAGUGUGGAUAGGAGAAUGAAUAUCUGAAUAGAAUUCUGCUUC